AUGGCCCGAUGCCUGGGUUCCACCAUGGGUGAGCUGAAAGAAGCGGCUGUUCACGUCGGCCGCAGGACUAGUGGAGUGUAUCUCCGGGCAAAAGUAGCGCUUGAUAUCACCAGGCCUCUGCCUGUUUCCGUUACAGCCUCGCAUGAAGACAACAGUAAAGGAUUCUUCAAAGCCUCUGUCUUUUAUGAGAAAUUACCUUUGUUUUGUUUUUGCUGUGGUGUCAUAGGCCAUACCAGUUCUCGCUGCGAGUUCAUCUCUGAGUUUGCUGGGAAGGAUCUGCCUUAUGGGAAGCAUAUCCUAGCUUAUGACAAGGGCUCCCGAGUGGAUGAGCACACUCUGCGGAGGAAGGUUGCGCGUUUUUCUUGGAAUCGCCCUGGCUUUGAGAGGCCUCACGGCCAUUCUUCCAAAUCUGCCGACCGCCCAUCCACCCAUGACCGGAAUACUUCUGGACUGCAGCGCCUAUCCUUAGAACCUGCUGCUGCUGGCACUCUAUCCUUGCAUAUUGACUCUCCCUCUCGCAAACGUGCCACUCUCGAAGAUGGCGAAAUCCCCCCGGCAUCCAAAGCUUUGUGCGUGGAGGGUCCAGUCAGGCUCCAUUCCAAUGUUGUUCCGUCUGUUCAGGUGGUGGAAACCGACCUUGAUCGGUCCCAAUCCAAGAUAUGA